AAACUUUUUGAGGUUAAAAUCUCAUUUUAUAUUCUUUGUAAUUUUUCAUUCAAACUGAGAUCAAUAUUAUAAUUUUUAUUAAAUUAUAUUUCUUGCUAAAUUUCCAAGUUGAGGUUCAUCAGUUGUAUUGGAAAGAAUGGAAGCCUCUAAUUUACAUUACUAUGCUCUCCAGUUGCCACCUCGUGCCAGUGAAUCGAUCACAAAAGAGCAGCUCAACUUGGAACAAGAAGACAUUCACAUAUGCGGCUACUGCAAGGAACCUUUCAAUGACAUGAGAAUUUUCCUUGAUCAUAAAACAGAAUGCACAUCAAAAUCCUCAAAUUUUUCGUUUAAAAAGCCUGCAGUUGAACUAAUUUCAGCUGAGUCACACAUUUUACAAGUUGUAGUUGAUGGGGAAGUGGCAAGUCUACAUAAUCAGUCGGUGACUAGACCUGCUGCUAGUUUGCUAAUAUGCACCAAUUCCUUUCCAUCAGGGAAUGAUUUCCUUAGAAUCGAGGAUAAGCUCACUCUCUCCUCGGAUAGUAAAAUUGAGAGUUAUUCCACUGAUACCUGUACGCAGUCACAAAUGAAGCUAGAUCCAGCUAAUACACUUCCCGGUGAUAAUAAUGAAAUAAUCAUUCGGAACAAAACAAGUGCCAGUUCAGCUUCUAAAGCAACGCAAUUUUCCAAGAAACAAAUAAAAUGUAAGAAGGUGGAAUUGUUUGUUCCGGAUAAUAAUAACAGUAAUGUGGAGACCCCUUCUACUCGAAAUAAACAUAGUGUUGGAAUCAAACGGAAAAAUAACAAACAAGGCACAUCCAGAAAGUUCUACAUCUGUUCCAGUUGCGACUUUGUUACUCUAUAUCCUAAUGAUCUGACAAGACAUACUAGGAAACAUACAGGAGAGCGGCCGUUUGAAUGUUCGAUUUGUCAAAGAAAAUUCGCUCGCAAGGAUAAACUGCAAACUCACUUGCGCACACACACAGGUGAAAAGCCGUACAAAUGUCAGUUCUGUGAUUAUGCAGCUGUCAGUGUGUGUCCUCUUCGGAAACACCUUCGCACGCACACUGAUGAAAGACCUUUCAAGUGCCAGUUCUGCUCUUACUGUUCAAGAGAUUCAUCCCAGUUGACAGUUCAUCUUAGAAGACAUACAGGUGAUGCUCCGUUCAUUUGCCAAUUUGCGUCCUGUGGCAGAGCGUUCAAAACCAGCACUGACUUGAAGCGACACAAACCUAUUCAUGCCAAGAAACCCUCAUUGGUGUGCAAGAAAUGCAAGUUUAGAGCUGAUAGUGAAAAAAAUCUUCAAGCCCAUAACCGACUCCAUCAUGAUGUUUUAAAAUGCUCUGUUAACAAAUCUCAAGUUAUAGCGAAUGAGACACAAGAUGAGCCUACAGAUCUUAAUAAUUCACAAAAAAAUGUAUUCAGGAACAAAUGCAACUCCAGGCAUAAAGCAAGCAAGAGCUAUUUAUGUAAACUUUGUGACGAAGCUGACCUGAAAACUAUCUCUCCAAAUUAUCAUACAAGGAAACGUCAUCGAGUAAAUAGAGGAAAUAAGUUCAAUAAUUCUGUAUUUCAAAAGACAUUCCAAUGCACUCAUUGCUCUCUCUCGUUUGUUAGACAAGAUUCUUUGAGAUGUCAUUUAAAGCAACAUCAAUCAUUCAGCACUCAGGCUCACCAGUGUCCACAAGGCUUAGAGCAUUCAGUGAAGCAUUUGUGUGUAGCUCCUAGUACUGGUUUUGAAGCAUACAGUCUUGUACAGCAACAUAACUGUUACUGGUACUGGUAUAGCUCACCAGUACUAGUGUAGAGCACACACAUACACACAGCCUGUGUCAGUCUGCUACAUAGUUUUGUGAUCAUCAAUUGUGCAAAAGAGGUUAGUACACAAGUAUCCAUUCAAUUAUGAUUAUGUUUUCUGUGUAAAAAGAUGUCAUCAUAUUUGUUUAUUCAGCAUAGCCAUUAUAUUGAAAAAGUUGAUUCAACUUUUGUGUAAAAAGAUGUCAUCAUAUUUGUUUAUUCAGCAUAGCCAUUAUAUUGAAAAAGUUGAUUCAACAAGAGAUAUCCGUCGUGGUGUAGUGGUUAGCAGUAGUAUAAAAUGUACGGUUCUGGGACACCUUUCAGGAGUACCUUGCUCCAGAAGUAAGUAUGCUCCAGAACUGUACAUUGAAUAAAUAAAAUAAGUAUGAAGUGGAAGUAAGUAUGUUUCAGAAGUAAGCAUAUUUUAAAAGUAACUAUCAACCUAACCUAACUUAACCUAACCUAACCCAUUUCUAGGACAUCUUAAGAAGAGGACAUCUCUAUCAUAAAAAUGCUGUGCAUGUUCAAACAUGUAAUAAUAAGAGUAAAUCUACCUUUUGUUCUAAUUCAAGAGGUAAAGUGAAGGAUAAUGAAAAUACAUGGUUGACUACAAACAGUUAUUUAUUAUUAGACUGUAGGUUUUGAUCUAUUACAUUCCUUCAUUAAAGUGUUAUAAGAUUUUUUAAGAACACCAGCCACCAUUAAUUUUUUGUGCAGUUUCCCUCCACCAUUUUGUUUUUUACAUUCCCUAUGUUUAUUUAUGGAAAUGCUGCAGAGCCUUUGUGCCUCGGAUGUCAUUCUUCACUUUCAAGAACAGCUUUAACUUGAAAAGGAGGUAACUGAUGAUAAUUUCAAUAAGCUUAAUAUGGUUUUUCAUUAAAAAAUACAUAGAUAUCCAUUAUGGUGUAGUGGUUAGCGGUUCUGCUUCAUAUUUCUAGGGUCUCAGGUUCAAAUCUCUAGUGGGCAAAUAUAGGUUAAUACCAUUACACCAUAAUGGAUAUCUUUUGUCUUUUUUUGAUAAAGCAUGAAUAAUCAUGAUUAAGGUAUUGGAAUAAAAAAAACAAAUGUGCUCAAAAAAAACAAAAUAUUUUUUUAUUUCUUAUAGUUUUGAAACAUAAAAAAACUUUUUUUUAUUAAUUAUACAAAUAAUUUGGUAGUUUCCUCUUGAUCUCAUCAAUAACUUUUUCUUCUGAUUGAUCACCAUUAAUUACAAGGAUCGGAACUAAAGAAGAUUUACUUCUAUUUAUCAACCAAUCUUCAUAUAGUUGAUGGAUUGAUUGAAGAUAGGAGAGUGUAAUGUCUUUUUCUUCUUCCCUUCCUUGUAAUUUGAUCCAUUCCAAAGUAGUUUCUGGAUUUGUUCUUAUAUAUAAAAUUAAGUCAGCUUUGAUUUCAAUAUUAGUUAUCAACCAUUUGAACCAAUCAUCCAACAAUUUAUAUUCCAGAUCUGACAUAUGAGAUUGUUUGUGCAAAUGUUCAGCAAAAAUAUAUCUUGCCAAGUAAAGUGAUCUUUCUAUAAUUUUUUUUUUGGUUUUUCAGAGGAUUUCAUAUGAGAUUUUAUUGAAGUAAGUUGAACUAACAUUUGAAAAAUUAAACUCCACUUUUUUGGGGUCUCAUAAAAACAUUCAAGAACAUUGUGACCGUGAAAGUUUUUCUACGUAUUCACUGGCUCUUCACAAAUUUCAAUAUCCUCCUCCUUCGAAAGAUGGUUCAGAAGUGUUGAUUUCCCACACCCUAUGUUGCCUUCAACAAAUAUGGUGUAACAUUUUUGUGAUUCGGAAGUUGAAGUCAUAAUGAUUUAUCUGUAAAAUAAGAA